AUGGCCCAAGAAAAGGCGCCAAUGAUGGCUCGAAAAAAUUUGCCAAUGAAGGCCCAUCAACUGACUGGACUAUACGCCAUCUGUGGCACAAUUAUGGCAGAGCCCAUGUUUUACUUCAGAGGUCAAAGGAAGAUGUGUCGCAAAUUCCUUCAAGAUGUAGCUGCUAUCAAAAUUCGAAAUCCUGAAAAACCAUGGGAGGAGCUGUGUGAUCGAACCCAGAGGCACUACCGGCUGCAAGCAGAAAAGGUCUUUUACAGUUUUAGGAUGUCAGCAAUGCCUGGACAGCAUUCCACAAUUGGCUCAGUGUGUUCUGCAGGAAAACAAAUUCUUCUGCAAGUUGAUUCUGGUACAAUGGUUGACACAAAGCAGCCCACUUGUCAGCAAAUUGGAUCUUUGCCUGCACAGAAUGCCGAACUUAUACCAGCACUUCCACAUUCAGCUGAUUUGAUGGUGAUGGAUUCAUCUUCCAAUCUUCUCUCUCAAAAUCUUCUGGAAGGUGGCUUAGAAAGUGAAUCAGAAUUGUCUGAUGAUUCAUUCUAUGAUGGGACAAUAACUGUUGGGCAACCAACAAACACUGCUUACAAUGCUGAUUAUGAAGAAUGUGAGUGGCUUGAGGCACAACAUGGCAAUAGACCUCUACAUUCUGCAGUUACAAGUCCAGAUUAUUCACUGACCCAUGAGUGCCCUGAUGUACCUUUUCACAUUAUUUUGCGCCAAUGGGGGUUGACUGUAGCUGCUGCAUUGUCUGCCCGAGACAAAGAAAAGUUGAUGGAUAUGCUGAGGAAGAACAACAGUCAUCCUAUGUUCCAGUCCCUGCCAAAAAGGUGGUCAACACUUGUCAAGCGCAACAAGAAUCAUUUUACGUAUACAAAUUACAAAAUGAAGCAGUUGAAUACAAAAAAAGACAGCCAAUACUGUUACAUUGGUAUACAGAAGAGGUUGAAGCAGUACUAUGGCAUGAUCACUGGUGAACCAUUCAGAGAAGAUUCAUUGCUCCAUACAAGAAAGCCUCAUUUCAAAUUGAUCAUAAAUGUGGAUGGCCUGGAAAUUGGAAAGUCUGGCAGUCUGCGGAGUGUUUGGCCCAUAAGUAUGCAGGUUCACUCAUUUAAUGUUGAUGGGUAUGGGGAACAGAUGGUCAAACCAAGAGGCCACAACCCACCCUUGUUUGUGGCAUUAUACCAUGCAUCUAAGCAACCUGAGUGCUUUGUUGAGUUCCUCAGUGACCUAGCAGAUGAACUGAAGCUGAUGCAUCCAAAGAAUAUCUGCAUAGGAUCUCCUGACUUCACUUGUGAGAGUCUGUUUGUGUGUGAUAGUCCUGCACGGAUUGAUUGUAAGCAAGUCCUUGGACUUUCCUCAUCAUACCCAUGUGAGAAGUGUCACACAAAGGCUGAUAAGAAGUUUGGUGCAUUCAUGAGCAUCUGGAAGUUCAGUGAUCUACACCUUCGCACUGAUUCUGAAUUCAGCACUGACAAGAAGCACUUGAAAACAAGGCAUGAGCACUCACUGCAGGCACAUCCAUUGGUUUUGAAGGCACUUGCUCAGAGGGUUGAGUUUUUUCGCAACCUAGCCCCAUCAGAGUUCAAGUCAUCAGCAAUUCUUCCACUCAUGAGCAUCCUGAAUUACAAGGCAGCUGCAAUGAGACAUUUUGUGAUGUACUUGGCUAUUCCUGUAUUUCAUGGUCUUGUACCCCCUGACAUUUUCCAACUGCUUAAGGUGUUUGUGCUAUCACUGUAUAUUUUGGGAGGAGCUUCAUCAGAGCCUGUAUCCCCUGCAAACUUACGCAAGGCCCAGAACUUGAUUGAAAAUUUUGUUUCAACUGCUACUCAUUGCCACUUCUCCAAGUCAGUUCCUCCAACAAUGCACAUGUUUCUGCAUUUGACAGAGGACUUGGCUAAGCAACAUUGUCACAUGGAUCGAAUUGGUGCUUGGCCAUUUGAAAAUGCCAUGAAACGGAUCAUACGUGACAAGCACUCACAUCGAAAUGUAAUUCAGCAGAUAAUUAGAAGAGAGGAUGAAAGGCUACAGCACAUGCUGCCCAUGGUGAACAACUUCAUUUUGAGCCAGACACCUCUGUCGGAAAGAAGUAUGGAAGAUAUCCCAGCCAACAAGUGUUACUUGGUGAAGAAUAAGUGUCUGAAGCUGCCAAUCCUAAUGUUUCCAACGUCUUUAGGAGGUUUCCAGUUGAAAGCAAAUGUGAAAGAUGCUUUCUGUCUGAUGUCAGCUGAGAAAUCCAAGGAAAAGUUUCUCAUUGUCCAAGUUUCUGGGAUUGAAGAAGAGAAGACCAGGGGAACUGAAGGUGCAUCUACUAAGCAUAGCAGAACAGCAUCCUUGGGGCUGAAAUCCUACUUGUCCACGUGUGAGACAAAGUUGCUUUGGCCCUUGAAAGUUCCUCUUUGGAAGUUUGAUGCAAGUGGCAACUCCGAAAUUUUAUAUUUGCGUGGAGAGGACUUUUUGGAGUCUCCCAAAUGCUCCAGAAGCAUGGUGCUGCAGAAUUUUGCCAAUUUUCCACUCCCAACCUCAGCAUUUACGGAGUACAGCCAUUCCAAAUCAAGUUUAACUUUUCGAGAGUUUGGACCUGAUUAUGACUCUGCCAUAAAGUGGAUGUAUUCCCUGGUGGAUGCAGAUCUCCGCAUGGAAUUGCCUUCAAGUGAUGGGGAAGUAUUUGGGAGAGGCUCCAUCAGGAAACGGAGUGUUCCACUUCCCCUCACUGAACAAUUGCAAGAUGAGAAGAAGAGGAAAAUAUACAAGAAAAGGAUGACGCAGAUCAAGGACGUUACAACUGCUAAAAUAGCAAAAGAGGGAAACUCUUCUCAUCAUGUUGAAAGGUACAUCAGGAAAGUGGCCAGUGGCUCCCAAGCUUUGGGCCCUGUAGCUUUGAAGAAUGCCAAGGUACGAGACACGUUGAAGUCUGUGGAAGACAUGAAGGAAAGGUUGCCACCACCAGUUCAACUUCAGCAGUGGCAUGAUGAUGAUGACAGCCAAGAUACAUCUUCUGAGGCUUCAAGAGCAGAGGAUGAUCACAGCAUCUCUUCAAAUGAUGACUGUGGCAAAAAUGCACAAAGGUUCAAUUGUGUGCAAAAUAAACCUCAUACUCACACUGAAAUGGAGCAACCUCAGUUUGCCAAGCUUCAGGCAAAUGUGGAAAAGCUGCAAGCUGACAUUGAAGAGCUUCAGACCAACAACAAAGAGCUUCAAAGCAGAAAUGAAAAGCUUGAAGACAAAGUUGAAGAGCUUCAAGUAAACUUUAAAGAGUUGCAGGAAGCUUUCCAGGCUUAUAGAGAAACUCCAAAAGUUCCUAUAAAUAAUGUGAACCAAUGUGCCAUGCAUGAUUCAGCCAGUAGCAUGGAACCAGUCCUGACUAAUGCUGAGGAGUUUGGCUUUCCCCUUUCUGAAAUUACUGAUGUGGAAGAAUUGGAAAGAAAGCUGAAAAAUGACAGAAGGGUUCAAAAGGCACUUUUUGAGUACUACUUCAAGCAUUUUUAUCAGGAGGAUGAAAAGACUGCCAUUCAAAGUGCUGUGGAUGCUGUCUUCACCCUACAAUUUCUACGAUUCAAGUGCCUCAUGGUACCAAGGGCUACUCCCUGUGAUGCUGGCCAGACGCCUGUUUUCUUGGCCAAGCUUAAUCAUCUCUUGAUCAACCCUCUCACUCGUUUGUUAGCUGGCAUUAUAGCACUCAAGCAAAACAAUGAAGAGGGUUGUGCUGAGUUUAGCUGUGCAGAAAAUUUUCUUAAGAUGGCAGAAAAUUACCUGUACUCUGGAAGCAACAAUGCUACAUUGCGGGCUUUAACAAUGCAUAUUAUUGGACGAACACAAGACCGUGCUGUUGACCUUGUAACUCGUAAGAUGAAGGCAAACCAGCCAGUGGAAAGACGGGUCAGGCUGACAAAUGUCUACCCCCUCAAAGAUCGACCAAUCCAGCAGCAAAAGAAGGGCUGUCGGAAAAGCAAGCCACUUGGUCAUGAUGUUGGAGAAGGCAAUAUUGCUGGAGGGUGCAAUGAACCAGAGGCUGUUGUGGAAGAAGGCAAUAUUGCUGAAGGGUGCAAUGAACCAGAGGCUGUUGCGGAAGAAGGCAAUAUUGCUGAAGGGUGCAUGCAACAAGAGGCUUUUGGUGAAGGACAUGCGUAUGACGAAUGUAUU